CGCAAGCAUGUAUCCCUGUGGCCGGGGAAAAUGCUCCACUUUCACUAAGUUUCUCGCAUGCACACAUUUCACCAGCUCUCAGAUUACUCAACAUCCCUGUACUUCUGUACAGAGACUGGGCACAGACAACACAGGAAUCGAGAGAGACACACACAGUUACAGAGACACACACAGUUACAGAGACACACACAGUUAGAGAGACACAGACACAGAGAAACAGACAGUUACGGAGACACAGAAACAGAGACACACAGUUACAGAAAUACACACACACACAGUUACAGAGACUCAGAAACAGAGACAUACACAGUUACAGAGACUCAGAAGCAGACACACACAGACAAGGCAGACAGACACACACACACAGACAAAUAGGUACACAAACAUACAACACACACAGUUACAACAAACACAAACAGACCUCCAGUUCCGUCCACCCCCCACCCUGGGCGGGGGGGGUGGGAAAUCAGAAAACACUUGUUCAGAACACCCAGGCAGGGCAAUGGCAGCUCGGCCAUUGCUGGGGACAGCCCGGGUUCACAGGAACACCAUGAUCGAAACUUUAAAGAGCUGCAUUGACCUCGGCAGGGAGCUCCGACCCAAGGCGGAUGAGACUGUGAGGUUAUACGACCAGUGCCAGGGUUUGAUGGAGAAGGUGACCGGUGGCCUGGUGCUGUCGGAGACAGAUGGCAUCCCCCUGGCAGGGACCAGCCGCUGGAGUGAACUGUCCGACCAGGAGCGCCUCAGCGAGAAUUUCCGAGCCUACAAGGUCUUCAGCAGCUACCUGCGCCUGUGCCUGAGGAAUAUGCCAGACUGCGCCCGCUACCCACGCUUGUCCGAGUCCCUCAUGGAGCUGUGCACCCAGACCGAGAGCUUCCUGGUGCUGAUCAGCCAGCUGAUGAUGGCCAUGGGCAUGCCAGUGCCAUCCGUCAGGGUGCCCCCGGUGAAUGCCCCCAAGGACUGGGACAGGAAGGUCUGGGGUCACCAGGUCCUGCGAGAGCUCAGCAACUGGUCGCUGCGCUCGGUGCGGGACUUCAACAAACUGAAGACCAACCUGUCGUCCAGCUGGGCUCGUCGGCGCCAGCUGAGGGGGGCGCAGCUGAGGUAGGACGCGCCCCCCCCCCCCACGUCGGCUGCUCUGCCUCGCUCCCCGAAACUCUUCGGCACCCGAUCUUCCGCCUCUGACCGCCCACUCCUCCCCGGCUCUCGGGAGGAGGGGUCCCCGGGCGAGGAGGACACCCGGGAGGGAAUUGUCAGGGAGGGGAAUGGGCGAACCUUUCCAGGCUUUGUGUGAAACCUU